AUGGUGGUGUUCCAGCUGGACGACCUGGAGGUGUUCUUCCCGUAUGACUACAUCUACCCGGAGCAGUACGCGUACAUGAGGUACCUGAAGAAGACGCUGGACAGCGAGGGGCACUGCGUGCUGGAGAUGCCCACCGGCACGGGGAAGACGGUGGCGAUUUUCUCGCUGAUAACGUCCUACCAGCAUGGGAAGAACGACGAGGGGAAGUUCAUUUUCUGCACGCGCACGGUGGCCGAGAUGGAGAAGUCGCUCAUCGAGCUGAAGAAGGUCAUUCAGUACCGGGUGGACACGCUCCGCCGUCGCGUGGUUAGCGGCGAGGUGAAGGGGGAGCGGGCGGAUGAACGGGCGGAGGACGAGAUGAAGGAUCAGACGGGGGAGCAAACCACCGCUAACGAUGCUAACGAUGCUAACGAUGCUAAUCAAGCUAACGACGCUACCACCGCUAACCACGCUAACGACGCUACCGCCGCUCAGAGACGCAGUGGUGACCUGCAGGGGGACAUCCUCGCCAUCGGAAUCAGCGCGCGGAGGUGCAUGUGUGUGAACGAGCGGGUGCUGCGCAAGCACGAGCGCGAGAAGAUAGACGAGGAGUGCCGCAAGCUGACGGCGACCUUCGUCCGGGAGAAGAAGUACAUCAGCCAACGGAUAAGCAAAUUGGGGAGCACCCACUCAGAUAGGGUCUCUGAAUUCAUAGUAAAGAACAGACAGCACAUAGAUGUGGAAGAUUAUUUUGACAUCUACCACACGAGGAACUCCUUAGAAGAGUAUAACGACAUAGGGUUGUGUGGAUAUUACGAGAAUUAUAAAAAGGAGUUCCUUUUCGAGCUGAUCCAGCCGGGGGUAUACACGAUUGAAGAUUUGAAGGUGAUGUGUAAAAGGUACAAAAAUGCCCAGAAUGAGACCGUGCCGAUUUGCCCCUACUUUUGCGCGAAGAAAGUUAUAGAGGUGGCCAAGGUGAUCGUUUUAAAUUACCAAUAUGUGAUUGACCCGAAGGUAUCAAAGUCGCUAUUCAUUGGGAGGGAGGUUAACAGCCGGGUGAAUCUACACAAGAGGGACAUCAUCGUUUUUGAUGAGGCGCAUAACAUUGAUAGCGUGUGCCUGGAGGCGCUGAGUGUAAACAUAGACCGGAACGUCCUCAACAAGGCCACGGCAAAUAUUAAGAAGCUGCUCAGCAAGAUCGAGGCCUCCAAGGUCCUCAACGAGGAGAAGCUCCGCGAGGAGUGCACCCGCAUUUUGCGGCGCGUCCGGGAGGAGAAGCGGGGCGGCGAAGCGUUGGGCGAAGCGAUGAGCGAAGCGGUGAAAGAAGCGGUGGGGGAAGCGGCCAACGAAGCGGCCAACGAAGCGGUGAAAGAAGCCUUGACAGAGGCUGGCUCAGGGGGGGGCGCCCCCGGGAAGAGGAGGCCCCAAGAAAGCAAAGGGGCAGAGGUCUACUUUGAUGAGGACCUAAAUUUGAUUUUUCCCAGGGCGGCGAAUCCCUCCGGCGUGGACGACGAUGCGCCCUGGGGGGGGAAGCAGGCGAAGGGAGGGGGCCUUCUGGAGGGGUUAGCGAAGUUUCUGGGUCAGUCAGUUAGCAGUCUCCUCCCGGGGGGAAGCGGCCAAGUGGCAGGUAGCAGUCUCCUCCCGGGGGGAAGCGGCCAAGUGGCAGAUAGCAGUCUCUUCCCGGAGGGGAGCAAAGACUCGCACGGUAAUGGCAGUAGUAGUAGUGCCGCCGCCGCUAACGCAGCUACCCCGCGAGAGGACCCGACGGAGCUGCACUACAGCCCGCUCCUGAUGGAGGACGCGGUGAAAAACGUGGUGCUGCCGGGGAACAUCCGCAAGUCGGAGCACUUCCUAAACCUCAUGCGGAUAGUCGUCAUGUACCUGCGGAAGUAUGUCAAUAUUUACGAAGUCACCUCGGAAGGUCCCCUCUCCUUCUUGUAUAAAUGUGAAAGGGAGACCAAACUGGACACCUCCUUCUUCAAAUUCUGUUUCGAUCGUCUGAAGGCUCUUCUAAACGCUCUGCAGAUUGUUACCGUGGAUGACUACUCCGCCUUAAAUGUGGUGUGCAAUUUUUGCACCCUUCUGGGGAGCUACUUCCAAGGGUUUAUCAUCAUAUGUGAGCCUUACCCUGAGGCCACAGGCAUCUACGACCCGGUGAUUCAGUUCGCCUGUCUUGACUCCUCCAUAGCAAUGAAGGCUGUUAUAGGCAAAUACAGAUCUGUAAUUUUAACUAGUGGGACGAUCACCCCUUUGGAGUUGUACCCCAAAUUGCUAAACUUCAAAACUGUGUUGACUGCCUCCUUCCCUAUGUCAUUCGAUAGGAACUGUGUGUGUCCUUUGAUAGUUACGAACAGUUCGGAUCUGGUCCCGUUGUCUUCCCAGUUUUCUCUACGAAGUGACCUUACGGUGAUUAAGAACUACGGCAUGCUGCUGGUCGAGAUGUGCAAAACGAUUCCCGAUGGGAUUGUUGCGUACUUCCCAUCGUACAUCUAUAUGGAGGAGGUCAUCUCCUCUUGGUAUGAACUCGGCAUCAUCACCAGCAUCCUCGAGUGUAAAUUGAUUUUCAUUGAAACGAAGGAUAUUGUAUCCACCACCAUUGCGCUGCAUAACUUUAAGAGGGCGUGCGACUUGGGGAAGGGGGCCGUCUUCCUCUCCAUUUGCCGUGGAAAAAUCGCAGAAGGGAUCGACUUCGAUAAACACUAUGGCAAAUGCGUGAUCCUCUUUGGCAUCCCCUACCAGUAUACCCUCUCGAGGAUCCUCAAAUCGAGGCUGGACUUUCUAAAAGAAACGUACAAUAUCCAGGAGAACGAGUUUCUUACGUUCGACGCGAUGAGACAGGCCUCCCAGUGCGUCGGGAGAAUCAUACGAAACAAGAAGGACUACGGGAUAAUGAUCUUCGCGGACAUUCGGUACGCACGUAAUGAUAAGAAGAGCAAGCUGCCGCCCUGGAUCAUCAAGUGCAUGGAGCUGAGCAACGUGAAUCUCACCGUCAGCACGGCCGUCAACAUCUCGCGCAAGUUCCUCCUCAACAUGUCCCAGGAGUACAAGGAGACUGGCCAGACCAAGCUCUCGCAGGAGCUCACGUCCGACCAGCCCCGCUGCUGGGCCCUCGUCAAGUCGGCGCUCAACCUCGACGACUUCCUCUGA